AACUCUCCCCCUGCCCUGGCAAACCCAUAUACUUCUCUGGGAGGUCCUGUAGAAGGUGUCUUUGCUGGUUAGGGCUUCUGGGAGUUGCAGGCUUUGAUCUGAAAGUUCCUCUUGUAGAUGCUGCUGUAGCUGCACUCAUAUUCAGAGCUUUGGCCCCUUAAGAAGAUGUUGGGUUGACUCUUUAAAAAGCCAUGAUGUCUCCUGCCUUUGCCAGGGCCUCUAUCUUCUCUGUAGAAGACUGACUUAAUAAUGCUGGUAUAUGCUGCCAGAGCCUGCAUAGGGCUUUGCUUCAGAUUGCAUUCAGCUUUCGUGGAUAAUGCCACUACAGAUUUCUCAUAGGAGCCAUAGAAAUGGUGUCUCAGGAAAAGCAAUAGAUGUCCUCCAGAUAUGGGUUAUUAUUUUCCCAACAGUCUUCUAUCCAUUUUGUAUUAUGAAUAUUUUUCCUCUGGUGUAGUUGUCAGUUGAAACAGUGGGACUGAUGGAGCUGCUCUCCUUUUUGCAAUCAAGUACGACCUUAAGUCUGACAUUCUUAAGAGACAUGUAGCAUUCAUGUCUUCCCUCUCACUCUCACUUAAUCACAAUUGUGGAUAUGCCCCCAGUGGUGUACAGAUUUCCUACCUGGAACUUACACUUGGUCCUAAAAGCCCUUACUAGCCCUUUUUUUUAGUCCUUCCUUCCUUUUUUUUUUUUGUCCCAUCCCCUCUCAUCUCUUUGAAAGGUUGGAGCAUGCAUUAUCUUUCUUCAGGACUUUCAAAAUCUGCAUCAGACACACAAGAUAUGAGGCACAGGGUUAUUAAACUCUUCAUAUCCUUUAACUCCUCCUCCUUAGGUAAGGAUGUUUCCAGUUCUGUGUUAGUGCAUACUGUGUGUCCAGGAAGGGUGAAAUAUUCUGCAACUGAAUUUUGGGUAUUGCUGUUUCUAAUGUUAGAUUUAUGUCCAUUAAUCCUCUUGCACAGAGACUGUCCUGUUGUUCAAUGUUGAAUAUAGAGGGGCAUUGCUGGCAUUAGGAUGGCAUAUAUCACAUUGAAGGAAGAGCAAUUAAAUGUGCGUCUGAUGUUGUGAGUGAUGCUAUUGGUCCCUGUGGUAUUGCUCUCAGCGUAGAUGAGGAGACCGAACUGGCAUUUGGGUUUGUGGCUGGGUCUUGUCCCUGUGUUACAAUCCAUGUUAUGUAUCCUGUUGUAAGUGAAUAGCUGUUUAAGAUUUGGAGGCUAUAGGCCAAUAAAGGCCUGCCUCCCAGAGUUUGUGUGAGGGCUGUGUUAUUCUCCACAAUUGGUAGUAUUUUGUUGAUGAUGUGAAUAAGUAGUCUUAACUGGGAAUGAUUGGUGUCCACUAGGGAUGUUGUCAUUUUAUGUUUUUGGUCUGUCUUGUAAAUGGUUGUUCUGUGCUUGCUUAGGUGACUCUAAGGAGAACCUGCCAUGGGAUUUCCUUGGGAAGAUUUGUCCAAAGGAGGUUUGCCAUUGCCUUCCCCUGAGGCUGAGAGCAUGUGACUUGCCCAAGGUCACACCUUGUUGAUGGUUAAUCUUGCCGUGUCAAUUUAUUUCUUCACCUUCUUAGAUGGGCUUGGGGAAGACUAUCCAAGCAAUAGCAGUAUCUUACUACUACAAGAAUGAAUGGCCUUUGUUAAUAGUAGUGCCCUCAUCACUGAGGUAUCCUUGGGUCGAUGAGAUGGAGAAAUGGAUUCCAGAUCUCUCUCCAGAAGAUACAAUCAUCAUUCAGAAUAAAACCGACAUUUGGAGGGUAUCUACAAGCAAAGUGAUUGUGUUGGGUUAUGGGCUGCUUACUUCAGAUGCACAGACUCUAAUAGAUACUCUAUACAAGCAGAAGUUCAAAGUAGUAAUAGUUGAUGAAUCCCACUACAUGAAAUCCAGAAAUUCAGCCCGUAGCAAGAUUUUGUUGCCUAUUGUGCAGAAUGCUGUUCGCGCCAUUCUCCUCACUGGGACUCCUGCUUUAGGAAGACCUGAAGAGCUUUUUAUGCAACUUGAAGCACUCUGCCCAAGAAAAUUUGGGACAUGGACUGAAUAUGCAAAAAAAUACUGUGAUGCACGUGUCAGAUUUUUUGGUAAAAAGCGACAGUGGGACUGUAGAGGAGCUUCAAAUUUAGAUGAACUGCACCAGUUACUCAGUAAUGUAAUGAUCAGGAGACUGAAGAAUGAUGUUUUAACCCAGUUACCACCUAAAAUCAGACAGCGAAUUCCUUUUGAUCUUCCCAAAACUGCUGCUACGGAAUUUAAUGCUAGCUUUGAAGAAUGGGAGAAAUUAAUGAGGGCUUCACAUUUAGAUUCUACAGAAAGUGACUUUGUCCAGGUGAUGGGCCUCAUUACCCGGAUGUUUAAACAGACUGCCAUUGCCAAGGCAGGAGCAGUGAAGGAUUAUAUCAAAAUGCUGCUGGAAAAUGACAACCUUAAGUUUCUAGUUUUUGCUCAUCACUUAAGUAUGCUCCAGGCAUGUACAGAAGCAGUUAUAGAAAGCAAGACUCGUUAUAUUCGAAUAGAUGGAAGUGUAGCUUCAUCAGAAAGAAUAAACCUUGUCAACCAAUUCCAGAAGGAUCCAGAUACUAGAGUGGCCAUACUGAGCAUUCAGGCUGCAGGUCAGGGUUUAACUUUUACUGCUGCAACUCAUGUUGUUUUCGCUGAACUGUAUUGGGAUCCUGGACACAUAAAACAAGCAGAAGACAGAGCGCAUCGGAUUGGACAGUGCAGUUCUGUGAAUAUCCAUUAUCUAAUUGCAAAUGGAACAAUGGAUCCUCUUAUGUGGGCAAUGUUGAACCGCAAGGCUAAAGUUACAGGCACCACAUUGAACGGCAAGAAGGAAAAACUGCAAGCACAAGAAGGUGACAGAGAGAAAUGGAAUUUCCUGAAUUUUGCUGAAGCCUGGACUCCAAAUGAAAGUCUAAAUGGAACAAAGAAUGAGGUCUUAUUUACCCAUUUUGAAAAGGAAAAGCAGCAUGAUAUCCGUACUUUCCUGUCACCAAAGCCAAAUCCAGAGCGAAAGCGGAAAAAGGGUUCUUGUGACAACUCUCCUCAAGAGGAAAAGAGCAUAGAGAGUGGCAAUUCUUUGGACUCUGAGGAACUAAAUGAAUUGGAUAUACCUUGUAAGGAAGCAAAGAGACCAAGAGCUUUAGAACCAUCUACACCAAAGAGUUCUUCUAGGGAAGGAAGGAAAUUGCUUUCUCAAGAAUCUGACUACUCAUUUAAAAAACAAAUUACUGAAGAGAACUUUGGUACUCCUUUAUCUCAUUCAAGGAAAGAUUCUGUUCCUGAAGCAAUCUGGCAUUGCAGUCUGUGCACUUACAGUAAUAAUUCACUGCUACCUUAUUGUGAAAUGUGUGAAUCUCCACGGCGAAGGAACACAUCAACAGUUACACAGAGUAAAUCUCAGCUAAGCUCUGUAUCUGUUCAGAGUGAAAAAGAAAAUAUAGUUCAAGAUGUUCUCAGUCAAAAUGAGAUAGAGGAAACCAAUAAUGCUAUCCGGACACAAAAUUUAGGACUAAGUGAGCCAUCUGACAGAAGGAAGGAAGAAGCUGCAGCUGGUGCAAAUAAGGAACUGGCUUGUUUUGAGCAAGACCUCAGAGAAGAUCGUUUGGAGGAUUCAGGUUCCUUUCCAGCCUAUUCUGUCCUGAUGUUCUUCGCGAGUCGGAACACUGACAGAAUUCAUGUCUACACAAAGGAUGGAGAGCCCUUGAAUUGUAACUUCAUACCAUUGGACAUAAAAUUAGAUAACUGGGAAGAUUUGCCAGAGUGUUUUCAACAAAAACAGAACCGUUCAUUGAUACUGAAGUUUGUAAGAGAAUGGAGUGGUCUAACAGCCAUGAAGCAAAGAAUUAUUAGGAAAAGUGGCCAGUUACUUUCUAGUCCCAUACUUGCUGCUGAAGAGAUGCUGUCUAAACAACAGGCGAAACUCAACAGCACCAAACGGUAUAUGACAAAAGAGGAUAUCACCAAAGCUUCAGUAGCAAAAGCCAGCAUCAUUGGAGGCAGUGUUCGUAUGGUCACCAAAAAAACUGUGAUUGCCUUAAAAAACCCUGCCAUUUCUGCUGAAGAAAAGGAGGACCAUUCAAAAAAGUUGGCUUCUGAUGAAAACUGCCCAGUCUUCAGCUCAAGCUCUGAUCAGAGUGAUAAUGAAGAACCUCCUCUGAGCAAAGGCUAUGUACAGGCCGUGGAUAAUGAAGGGAAUCCACUUUGUCUCAGCUGCCAAAAGCCAACAAUACAUGUUGACCAAAUACCCACCUCUACUGCCUGGGACACUCGGUUUUGUUCUCAUAAGUGCCAGGAUGACUUCUUGUUUCGUACUAGCCAAAGUUAUCUGAGAAGUAAAGUUUUUGAAGUUGAGCAUGGGAUUUGUCAGAUGUGUAAUCUCAAAGCUCAGGAACUAUAUCUCUGUGUCAGAGAUGCCCCAAAGAAUAAACGCAAGAGUAUUCUGGAGAGCUCUUGGAUGUCCAAGCUUCCUUUAACCCAGUUAAAUGAAAUUAUACUGAAUCCAACUGAAGGUCACUUCUGGCAAGUAGAUCAUAUAAAGCCGGUUUAUAGUGGUGGUGGACAAUGUUCUAUAGAAAAUCUUCAAACACUAUGUACAGUUUGUCACAGGGAGAGAACAGCAAAGCAAGCCAAGGAAAGAAGCCAAAUGAAGAGACAGAGUACAGCUUCAAAAUAUGGAUCUGAUAUUACUAAAUUUUUUGUGAAAUUAUGAAUUAUGUUAAUUGAUACUGUUCCUACUAAUCAUGCAUUAACAUGUUAAUUUUUAUAACCCAAUGGUUGUAUUAUCCAACUUUGCUAGUGACAGCUACUGGAGGGUUAUGUCAAAUAAAUUAGAAAAGGAAAUGAAUACCUACAUGAACCUAUAUUUUCUGUUCCCAAUGCUGGAAAUAAAUUUGAAUGUUUCAUUUUAA